GUGUUGCACAAUUCGCGGAAUUUAUUGUGUAUUGCAUCUAUCUUUUUUUAUGCAAACUUAAAAAUAAUAAUUAUAGCCCGAAUUCCUUGAGAUUUGCAGGCAGUGAGCGGGGAUUUCGGCUGCAGCCGGCUGCGAGUUUUGGCCAGUAAGUACCCAUAGGAACCGAUCCCAGACGACUGGCCGGCAAUGUGCUGGGCAAGAUGUCCCGGCUUGCUGAUUACUUCGUAAUAGUCGGCUACGACAGCGAUAAGGAGAAGACCGCCAGCAAUGUGGGUGGCCAGCAGCCGACGUGCGGCAAGAUCGUUCAGCGUUUUCCCGAGAAAGAUUGGCCGGACACUCCGUUUAUCGAGGGCAUUGAAUGGUUCUGCCAGCCGCUUGGGUGGUGUUUAUCGUACGAGAAGCAGGAGCCCAAGUUCUUCGUCUCCGUGCUGACGGACAUCGAUGCCAACAAGCACUACUGCGCCUGCCUCAGCUUCCACGAGACGGUGGCCAUCACCCAGACCCGCAGCGUGGACGACGAGGAUGAGACGAUCGGGAACAGCCGGCUGCUGGGGGCCACCCCCUCCUCAACGGAUGGCAUCGCAGCGGCAGCCACGCCGGCGCCCAUCACGCACCACAGCGUCAUGUAUGCACCCAAGUGUCUGGUGCUCAUCUCGCGAUUGGACUGCGCCGACACCUUCAAAAAUUGCCUGGGCACCAUAUACACGGUGUAUAUCGAAAACCUGGCCUACGCAUUGGAGACCCUCAUCGGCAACAUUCUGGGCUGCAUCCAAGUUCCUCCGGCGGGUGGGCCGCAGGUGCGUUUCUCCAUAGGAGCUGGCGACAAGCAGUCCCUGCAGCCGCCACAGAGCUCAUCCCUGCCCACAACUGGAAGUGGAGUGCACUUCCUUUUCAAGCAGCUGGGUAUCAAGAAUGUGCUGAUCCUGCUCUGCGCCGUGAUGACCGAGAACAAAAUACUGUUCUUGUCCAAGUGUUAUUGGCACCUGACGGAUAGCUGCAGGGCUUUGGUGGCUUUAAUGUAUCCCUUUCGGUACACGCAUGUGUAUAUACCCAUUUUGCCGGCACCACUCACGGAAGUUCUGUCCACACCCACACCAUUCAUCAUGGGCAUACAUAGUUCACUUCAAACUGAGAUUACGGAUCUGCUGGAUGUUAUUGUGGUGGAUUUGGAUGGCGGCCUGGUUACCAUUCCGGAGUCGCUUACUCCGCCUGUUCCUAUACUUCCCUCACCGCUGUGGGAACAGACCCAGGACCUGCUCAGUAUGAUCCUGUUCCCAAACCUGGCGCAGGCGGAUCUGGCGUUUCCUACGCUGGAGCGGCCAUCUGCGCUGGCCAAGACUGACGCUCAGAUCGACAAGGAACUUCGCGCCAUAUUCAUGCGUCUUUUCGCCCAGCUGCUGCAGGGAUAUCGCUCCUGUCUAACAAUCAUUCGGAUUCAUCCAAAGCCGGUUAUCACCUUCCACAAGGCUGGAUUCCUCGGCGCCCGGGAUCUGAUCGAGAGCGAAUUUCUGUUCCGUGUGCUGGACAGCAUGUUCUUCACCACGUUCGUCAACGAACGAGGACCUCCCUGGCGUGCCUCCGACGCCUGGGAUGAACUGUACAGCUCCAUGAACGAACUGCUCAAGUCUGAGGCGCAGAAUCGGAAUCUCAUACUCACACAUAUCCAGGAAUUGGGACGCGUUCUUUACGAGAAUGAGGGUACACUGGCCCACAUAAACUAUGCCCAGAAAGUCUUGCGCCCGCCGGAGGGCGCAUUCCAGCGGAUUCAUCAGCCCGCCUUCCCGCGCAUCAGUUCUGAGAAGGUGGAGCUAAUCAUCCAGGAGGGAAUACGCAAGAACGGAGUGCCACAGCGUUUCCAUGUGACGCGAAAUCAGCACCGGAUCAUUCCAAUGGGACCCAGGUUGCCCGAGGCAUUGGAUGUGCGUCCCAAUGUCCAAAACUCUGCGCGACGACUGGAGGUGCUGCGCAUCUGUGUGUCAUACAUCUUCGAGAACCGGAUUACGGACGCCAGGAAACUGCUGCCAGCUGUGAUGCGAACCUUGAUGCAUAGAGAUGCGAGGUUAAUCCUGUGCCGCGAGUUCUUCGGGUAUGUGCAUGGUAACAAGGCGGUGCUGGACCAUCAGCAGUUUGAGUUGGUUGUGCGAUUCAUGAACAAGGCACUGCACAAAUCCUCCGGGAUCGACGAGUACACAGUGGCUGCGGCUUUGCUGCCCAUGUCCACCAUAUUUUGCCGCAAGUUAUCGACAGGAGUGGUGCAGUUCGCCUACACAGAGAUACAAGAUCACGCCAUAUGGAAGAACCAUCAGUUUUGGGAGUCUACAUUCUUUCAGGAUGUCCAGGGUCAGAUAAAGGCAUUGUAUCUGCUUCACCGUCGUCAGAACGAGCAUCAAAAGGAGGCAAACUGUGUGCUAGACGAGGUUCCGCUGGAGGAGCCGACGGCGCUUGAGAUUACGGCCGAGCAGCUGCGAAAAAGUCCCACCAUCGAGGAGGAGAAGAAGGCCGAGCUGGCCAAGUCGGAGGAGUCUACGUUGUACAGCCAGGCGAUUCACUUUGCCAACCGUAUGGUCUCCCUUCUCAUUCCGCUCGACGUGAAUGUGGAUGCAGCAAGUAAGCCUAAACCCGCGUUUCGCCUGGAGGAAAAUCAGAGCGUUUCCAAUAGUAUUAUGGGCUCGCACAGCCUUAGCGAACAUUCCGACGAAGGAUUCGAGGAGAACAAUGCUCUGGAAAUUGGCGUCACGGUUGGAAAGACAAUUUCUCGCUUCAUUGACAGCGUUUGUACCGAAGGUGGUGUGACCUCCGAACACAUACGCAAUCUGCAUGACAUGGUGCCGGGUGUGGUGCACAUGCACAUCGAAUCCCUGGAACCGGUUUAUCUGGAGGCCAAGCGCCAUCCGCAUGUGCAAAAGCCGAAGAUUCAGACACCAUGCCUGCUGCCAGGAGAGGACCUGGCUACCGACCACCUGCGUUGCUUCCUCAUGCCGGAUGGACGCGAAGACGAAACCCAGUGCCUGAUACCCGCCGAGGGAGCUCUGUUCCUCACCAACUACCGUGUGGUGUUCAAGGGUUCCCCCUGCGAUCCGCUCUACUGCGAGCAGGUGAUCGUGCGCACUUUUCCGAUUGCCUCCCUGCUGAAGGAGAAGAAAAUAUCCGUGCUGUACCUGGCCCAUCUGGAUCAAACGCUGACCGAAGGACUGCAGCUGCGCUCCAGUAGCUUUCAACUGAUAAAGGUGGCCUUCGACCCGGAAGUUACUCCCGAGCAGAUCGAAAGCUUCAGGAAGAUAUUGAGCAAAGCCCGCCAUCCGUUCGAUGAGUUUGAGUACUUCGCCUUUCAAUCGUAUGGCACCAUGCUUCAGGGUGUGGCUCCUUUAAAAACGAAGGAGAAAUACUCAACCCUAAAGGGAUUUGCCAAAAAGACGCUGCUUCGCGGGGCCAAGAAGGCGGGAUUCAAGCAGAAGCAGCAAACCAAGCGGAAGUUGGUCUCCGAGUUUGAUUACGGAAGUGCAGAUGCCCAGGAAACUCAAUCUAUCGACGAUGAGCUGGAGGAUGGAGAUGAGUUCGAAACCCAAAACAAUGCCAUGCCUAGAUUGCUGACAACAAAGGAUGUUGAGCGAAUGCGGGAAAGGAGCUAUGUACAGGACUGGAAGCGACUAGGAUUCGAUGCGGAGGCGCAGCGUGGUUUCCGCAUAAGCAAUGUGAACACCAGCUAUGCCACCUGCCGCUCCUAUCCGGCAAUAAUUGUGGCACCCGUUCAGUGCAGCGAUGCGGCAAUAAUGCAUUUGGGUCGUUGUUUUAAGGGCCAGCGCAUACCACUGCCCACUUGGCGGCACGCCAAUGGUGCACUGCUCAUUCGGGGUGGUCAACCCAAUAGCAAAUCGGUCAUUGGUAUGCUGAAAAACACCACGGGAAGCAAUACAAACGCCCAUCACGAUGUCACGCACUAUCCGGAGCAGGAUAAAUACUUCCUGGCCCUGAUCAACACGAUGCCAAAGCUCACGCCGCUGGCUCACAAUCAGUACUCGGGCAUGAAUCUCUCGAUGAGCUCGUUGAUGGGCCAUAGCUCAUCCGACGAUCGACAGCCACUGACGCCGGAACUCUCGCGCAAGCAUAAAAACAAUCUGGAUGUUAGUGAUGGCAACAAGUCCAGUCAAGGAGGCAAAAGUGGAACAAUGAAAGGCAAUCCUAAGAACUCAUCGGCACAUCCAUUCCGCAAGAUGCGGCUUUAUGCAUUGGGAGAGAAAUCUCAGGCCAAGUCGAACAUGAAUGUGGACUUCUGUGCGGACUUUAUUCCCGUGGACUAUCCGGACAUUAGGCAAUCGAGACCAGCUUUCAAGAAGCUGAUUCGCGCCUGCAUGCCCUCACACAAUACCAACGAAGCGGAUGGCCAAAGCUUUGCCAAGAUGGUGGAGCAGUCCGAUUGGUUGCAGCAGAUCUCCUCACUGAUGCAAUUGGCUGGUGCCGUGGUUGAUCUCAUCGACCUGCAGGAGAGCAGCGUGAUGCUUUCGCUGGAGGAUGGGUCCGAUGUGACCGCCCAGCUUAGUUCAAUAGCCCAGCUGUGCUUGGAUCCCUACUACCGAAGUCUAGAUGGUUUCCGUGUGCUCGUGGAGAAGGAGUGGUUGGCUUUUGGCCAUCGUUUUGCCCAUCGCAGUAAUCUGAAGCCCUCACAUGCAAACACAAAUAUUGCAUUUGCUCCCACCUUCCUGCAGUUCCUGGAUGUGGUUCAUCAGCUGCAGCGCCAGUUUCCAAUGGCUUUCGAAUUUAAUGACUUCUAUUUAAGAUUCCUGGCAUAUCACUCGGUGUCCUGCCGCUUUCGUACCUUCCUCUUUGACUGUGAACUUGAGCGUUCGGAUUCGGGCAUUGCGGCAAUGGAGGACAAGCGGGGAUCGCUGAAUGCCAAGAGUAUGUUUGGAACCGGUGGCAUGGCGACCAAUGGAUCCGACGAUGAGUGCAAUGUGUAUCCCAUGGAUAUCAGGAGCCAAAGGACACCGCUGAAUCGUAUUGGCCACUCCAUCUUCGAUUAUAUCGAAAGGCAGCAUAACAAGACGCCCAUAUUUUAUAAUUUCCUGUAUUCAGGAGACAAGAGUAUGAUUCUGCGACCGCAAAAUAAUGUGGCAGCCUUGGAGCUAUGGAGCUAUUACACCAACGAGGAGCUUGCUCAGGGAGCGCCGUACGAUUUGGAAGUGACCACUGUGGACGACGAAAUCGAUCUAUCUGAGAUGAAGGGGAAGCGCAUGGUCGUUACCGCCGGCUACGACAACCUGGAGAAGUGUAAUCCCAAUGCCUAUGUCUGCCUGCUCAGCGAGGUGAAGCAAGCGGAGACGGAGCGAGGACAUCUUCCUCAAAAGUGGCUGCAGGUGUGGAACAGCCUGGUGGUGCCACAAGUGGAGCCAGUUGCUAGCAAUAACUCGCUGGGCAACAUCUAUGUGCAGACGCACCAGCACAAACGAUCCACGCUGGAGAUUAUCAUGAAGGGACGGCUGGCAGGCUACCAGGACAAGUACUUCCACCCGCAUCGGUUCGAGAAGCAUCCCUACACCACGCCCACCAACUGCAACCACUGCACCAAGCUGCUCUGGGGUCCAGUGGGCUACCGGUGCAUGGACUGCGGUAACUCCUACCACGAGAAAUGCACGGAGCACUCUAUGAAGAACUGCACAAAGUACAAGGCCAUCGAUGGAGCUGUGGGGCCGCCGAAUGUGAACAUGUCGCAAGGCGACACAGCCAGCAUCGCUUCCAGCGCCGCCACGACGGCGCGCACCUCCAGCCAUCACUUCUACAACCAGUUUAGCAGUAACGUGGCCGAAAAUCGGACGCACGAAGGACAUCUGUACAAACGUGGCGCCUUGCUCAAAGGAUGGAAACAGCGCUGGUUUGUUCUAGACUCUAUAAAGCAUCAACUCCGUUACUAUGACACCUCUGAGGACACCGCUCCCAAGGGCAUCAUUGAAUUGGCUGAGGUGCAAUCAGUAACUGCCGCACAACCUGCACAAAUUGGCGCCAAACGCGUAGAUAUGAAGGGAUUUUUUGAUCUUAAAACAUCAAAGCGCACCUACAAUUUCUACGCAGUCAAUGCAAAUCUGGCACAGGAGUGGAUUGAGAAGUUGCAGGCAUGUUUACAAUAGAUUGACGCGGAAAUGGAUCCUUAUUUCAUCUCCUGAAUUUGGUUAACCUUCCCUUCCGUUCUGUUUUGUACGGCGCGAUGCAAAGUUCUGUUGUAGGAUAAAUCAGUAUGUUUCCAGUUCGCUGCGUAUGUAUUAUUAUUUUGAAUCUGUGGCUCUGCCAUCAUAUCAUAGCUAAACUAUCACUUUAGAAUUUCCUUAGUUGAUUUGAGAAAUCGCUCGUACCCAUUAACAUAAUCGUUAGCAACAAUUAUGCCAAGCAACAAGUGAAACGUUAGUUAAAGAAUGAAAUCCAUCUGUAAAUGUGAAUGUAAAGAAACUAUAAAAUUAUGUGAUUAUAUAAACAAACAAAAAAUCAGACUAUAUGAUAAAUUAACGAUAGAAUGGAAAAAGCCACUCCCGCAAGUUUUUGAUAUAAUUUUUUUUUAUAAACUAUAUAGGUUUAUAGUGAAUUUACCAAAGAUUAUUCCACCUUUGUUGCGCAAUUGAAAUGCAUUUCUUGGUUGCUUCCUCUAAACUAAACCCUAUUAUUAAACGCUUUCCUUUAUUUAUACACUACAUGAUAAUCAAUAUAAUACAUACUUUAAUGCAAUUAUUUGUGGCUUACAAACGAUAAUAUACAUUUUUAAACAAA